UUGCCGAUACCUCGAGUCGCUCCCCUCGGAGCCGACGGCUCUCAAACCUCCACUGUCAGAGCCUACGGACCCCGUCAGCCGCCGUUGGCUCGAACCGAGAUAUCGUUGAUGUCUGCUUGCCUCCGGUUUCCACACCCGCACACAUUCCGGCCAGCCACCUUCGAGAGCAGCACUCCGGCCGCCCUCCAGCGAAACUCCGCCGCCCGUCAGCCGCUGAUGCCUCGAGUCGCCGCCAUCUUGGGAUCGAACCGCCGAGCUCUGCCAGAUUCCGAUGUCCAGACACCGCACCGCUCGAUCACCGGCCGGAUUUUAGAGAAUUGGGCGUGUGAGGAAGAAACGAAAUUGAUUUCCAGAAUUACAAAUUUUAAGAGAAUUACAAAUGAUCUCUUGGGCCAAAAUUGGAACAAAAUGGGCCACGAGAAUUAA